AUGAUCAUGAUUUCUGUCAUGAAAGUUGUCACAGAGACCAAACUCUCGAAAGAAGCGGCCGCCGACAGUGACGCGGUGAGGCAGCUGGACAAGGGAGAGGUGGUCGAGGUGAUCGAGGCUCCCGUCGAGGAAGGGAAGACCAAGCGCGCAAAGGUGGUCGCCAUCAAGGACGGCGCCGCGGGCUACGUGACCGUGACAGAUGACGCUGGCGCGGUGUUCCUCAGAGAGGGUGGCAAGAUGUUCAAGGUGGUGAAGGAAACCAUCAUGACCGAAUGCUUCGACCUCGAGGAAGAUGCUUCAGAAAAUAAGGUGGCCGCCAGAAAGCUCAAGGUGGGAGAGCUUGUCGAGGUCAGGGAGUACCCGAAGAAGGAGGAGAAGUCUGGGCUCACACGCAUGAGGUGCAAGGCCAAGACGGACGGCCGCCUUGGCUGGGCCACCACUCUCGGCAAUGUCGGGGCGGUGUUCUUGGAGGUCGCGUAG